GCCAUGUCGAUGCUGCCGUCGUUCGGCUUCACGCAGGAGCAAGUGGCGUGCGUGUGCGAGGUGCUGCAGCAGGGCGGCAACCUGGAGCGGCUGGGCCGCUUCCUGUGGUCGCUGCCGGCCUGCGACCACCUGCACAAGAACGAGAGCGUGCUGAAGGCCAAGGCGGUGGUGGCCUUCCACCGGGGCAACUUCCGCGAGCUCUACAAGAUCCUGGAGAGCCACCAGUUCUCGGCCCACAACCACCCCAAGCUGCAGCAGCUGUGGCUCAAGGCCCACUACGUGGAGGCCGAGAAGCUGCGCGGCCGGCCGCUGGGCGCCGUGGGCAAGUACCGCGUGCGGCGCAAGUUCCCGCUGCCGCGCACCAUCUGGGACGGCGAGGAGACCAGCUACUGCUUCAAGGAGAAGUCCCGCGGCGUGCUGCGCGAGUGGUACGCCCACAACCCCUACCCGUCCCCCCGCGAGAAGAGGGAGCUGGCCGAGGCCACCGGCCUGACCACCACCCAGGUCAGCAACUGGUUUAAGAACCGCCGGCAGCGCGACCGGGCGGCGGAGGCCAAGGAAAGAGAGAACACGGAGAACAACAGCGCCUCCACGAACAAACCCAACCAGCUGUCGCCGCUGGACGGGGCCAAGCCGCUGAUGUCCAGCUCCGAGGAAGAGUUUUCGCCACCGCAGAGCCCGGACCAGAACUCGAUCCUGCUCCUCCAGGGCAACCUGAGCCACGCCAGGAACUCCAGCUAUGCCUUGACGGGCUUAAGCGCCACCCAGCCGCCCCACGGCCUCCAAGCCCACCAGCACCAGCUGCAGGAUUCGCUCCUGGGACCUCUCACCUCCAGUUUGGUGGACCUGGGCUCAUAAUCGGGGCGACC